AUGACGUCUGAAUCCACAGAUGAUUUAGAAUAUCCGCCUCCCUCUCCGCAAAGCUCACGUCGUCGCCGUUCAGACAUGAUAUACGAUGUGGAAGAUUAUCUCAACGAGAUAGAAAGUCUCGAUGGAAAGCGUCGUGCCAUUCUAUCGGAAAUCGAUAACGCUGACUUCGGCUGGUUCCAUAUACGCACUUGCAUAGUAUCCGGGGUAGGAUUCUUCACCGACGCUUAUGACCUAUUCGUUAUCAACUUUGUAACAGCAAUGCUGGGCUAUGUUUAUUACCAAGAAAGCAAACACAUACCCACUCAUCUCGAACUAGGUUUAAAAAUGAGUGCAGCAAUUGGAACUUUCAUUGGACAGUUGUUUUUUGGUUGGUUGGCCGAUCAUUUAGGCAGAAAAAGAAUGUAUGGUCUAGAACUUAUGAUCAUGAUAGUCGCAACCGUAGGAUCGUGUCUCUCAGCGAAUGCAUUCGCUGCAAAUAUAUGUGGCAGCUUAAUAUUUUGGCGAAUAAUACUGGGUCUUGGAAUUGGUGGAGAUUAUCCUAUGUCUGCAGUCAUUACGGCUGAAUUUGCAACGAAAGCCCGUCGCGGCGCCAUGAUUGCUGCAGUUUUUGCAAUGCAAGGCUUUGGCAUUCUCACUGCAGGAGUAAUUUCUGUUGUCGUCCUUUCAAUCUACAAAGAGAAUAUCUAUAGUGAUAUACGCUAUAUCGAUUACUGCUGGAGAAUUAUUAUUGGGUUUGGUGCCGUACCCGCUGCAAUAGCUCUCUACUUCAGGUUGACGAUUCCGGAAACACCUCGAUUUACCAUAGAUAUUGAGAGAAACGUUAUCCAGGCUGCUGACGAUGUUGCAAAUAUUAUGAAAGGGAAAUAUAGGCAAAAGGAUGAUGAGGUACGGGAAUUGCCAUUCAAUCCGGAAGUACCAAAGCAUAGUUGGAAGGAUUUCAAAGCACAUUUUGGAAAAUGGGAAAACGCAAAGGUUCUACUUGGGACUAGCAUAUCGUGGUUUAUGCUUGAUGUCGCAUUCUAUGGCGUUGGGCUUAAUAAUUCGAUCAUAUUGGAUGCCAUUGGGUUUGCUGCUUCAAACGAUCCAUUUGUAUCAUUGUGGAAUAUCAGUGUUGGCAAUAUUAUUAUAACUAUGAUCGGAACAGUACCUGGGUAUUGGUUUACUGUGUUCUUUGUGGAUAGUUUGGGAAGAAAGUUUAUACAGUCUAUGGGAUUUGCAGUGUUGACGGUGUUAUUUGUUAUACUUGGAUUUGCAUAUAAAUCUAUUGUCAGCACUUCCACAGCAUUAUUCAUAACAUUAUUUGCACUUGCUCAGUUUUUCCAAAACUUUGGUCCCAAUAGUACAACGUUCAUUGUUCCUGGCGAAGCAUUUCCCACAAGAUACAGAUCAACAUGCCAUGGUAUUUCAGCAGCAUCAGGAAAACUUGGUGCCAUUAUUUCACAAGUUGGAUUUCUACAAAUGAAAGACAUUGGUGGAUACAAUGAGUUUGUCGAUAAAGUUCUUCUUAUUUUCUCCCUCUUUACGUUUUUGGGAUUUCUUGUCACAUUCUGGAUACCAGAAACUAGUAAAAUGUCUUUAGAGGAAUUAUCUAAUGAACAACAGGAGGGUUUUAUCAGGGGACCUAUUAGAUCUGAAAGAAAGAUAAGAUUCGAAGAUAAUGGCACAGGUGUUAUGGAAAUGGCUAGUAGCUCUACUGGUAGAACGUUUGACACGGAAGUAAAAGAAAAUAAUUGGGGAAUAGCAUACUAG